AAGAAACUCACCCAUUAUCACUUCAUUAUACAGUACCACAUCACUGUUCCAUGUAUUUUCUCUUUUUCCCUGUCUCUCCAUCAUUCUAACUCUCACUCACACUCACAUUCUCACACUCUCACUCAUUCUCACACUCUCACUCAUUCUCACGCUCUCACUCAUUCUCACACUCUCACUCUUUCCGUUACAGCACACCAUUCUCUGGUCUACGUUUAUCUGCCUCAACAUUACUGGCUUCUAUUUUUAUUUACACCUUUAUUGAAAUACAUUCACAUUCAGAUUCAACCACGCUAAAUUCAUCAUGGAGAUAGACUCACCAUACGAUGAGUGGUCCAAUAAUAUUCAUGCCGUCAUCACUUUUCUGAAGCCCUUCUUUGAUGACUGGCGGAGCUAUGCUAGUUUAGUCAGUGCACUCAUGGGUAUUGGUGUGUUGAUCAUGGAGAACCAAGUUUUGCUGCGAAUGCGCAUGGGUCGAUGGGAGAUACUAGGCUAUGUCCUUUGGUGUAUUAUCUCAUCAUUUCUUGGACCAGUUUUCGACAUCUUUGUAAUGCUUGGGCUAUUCGCCUACUGCCGUCACAAAAGCGCACGCAUGCAUAUCACCAAUGAAUCCAUUGCAAAAGCACUGUUACCUCCUCCGAUCGCCACUAACUAUAGGAUCAUGGGCGCCACUUGUGUAAUCUCAUCUAUCCUUACACUAUGCUCGAAUGUGCUGUACAUGCUUCGAGGAUGGGAAGAACCUUUACCAUUCUAUGACUGGUCCUCGAACGCAAUUCGUUGGAUGACCAGUCAACUAUGGUAUGCGAUUGGUAUGAUCUUUCUCCUCCAUGUCAUUACAAGGCCAGCCCAGAGUGGCGUGGUAUUGUUUGGUAAAUUUCCAAGGGACCUUUGGGCAUUCAAGUGGCAGCUUUGCAUCCUCUAUCUUCCUGUUCGCUAUAUGUUGUUACAACUGUGCGAUAUUCACCGCGAUAGCAAACAUAUCCUUAUCCCAUUGGAGAUUGUUGUGGAUAUUGUGCUAUACAAUGGACCUUUCUUGAUCAUUCUGUUGCGAUUGCUCUACUUGGCAUGGAAGGUGGCCUAUGAUGAGGCUAUUCUUACAGGAGCAAUUUACGAAGAUGAUUCGAAUGCAUCAGUCUGUUCAUUAUUUGAUAUCAGAUCCUAUUUCUUAAAUUCAAACGGUGAUCAUACGCGACGUGGAUCAGCCACUACGAUACAAGGGACAAAUGGAUACGUAGGCUUAGCUAUGAUGGACCUUGAUGAGGCUGAGCAAGGGCGAAGUCGGGUGAUGGUCCAGGAAAGAAGCGGAAGAAAUUCUAUGAGCCAGGUUAAUGCAUCCUCAGCAAACAAAGGAAAGUCUGAGUAUGCUGAGAGCUUGGACAGUCGAAGUGUUGGAGGUCAACCCAGCGGUAGCCCACCUGCUUAUGAUAGUAGGGAUUACCUGCAAGCACCAAAAUCGUUUUCUCCAAAGAUGACAGGCAAGGCCGCAUCAAAGACUUGUCCCAGAAACUCGCCCAGAACGUCUCCAAAGACAAGCAGUCCACUCAGGAAUGUUGUUUUUAGCCUUGAUUCUUCGGAUGAUGAGGAUAGCGAGGAGGAACAUCGGAGACAUUAAAGAGGCAUCAAUAGAUAUAAACAGGAGUGGAGAACCUUUUUUUAUUUUUUUAUUUUUGGAUGGGGUGGGUUCUUAUCUCUCCAUAUUCUAACAAUAGGUCGGGAUGCCUUACAGCCUAGCAAAACAAGGCUAUCAAAAGCGGGAACAUCCUCAAAUACCCAAAGAUGCAAUUCUCUUCUUGACGACAAUAUAAUACUGACAGUGAAUACAAAAUACCAAGAGGGAAGCAUGGCACCCGCACAUCUAUACUCCACAAUCCAUCUGCUCACUAGCACUCAACAUUUCUUAUAUAUAGCUCAU